AUGGGUCUGUUAGACGAUAUCUCAAAGCUUACUACACCGGCAACUGAGCUACCGGACUUGGAAGACGAUAAUUUUGAUGGCUCGUCACUUGUGAAACCAGGAGGAAAUCGUUUGAAAGCUGCGAAAAACUUUAAUUUCGAAGAAGGGAAGUAUGCAGGAGCCGCUAUUUCCCGAAAAGACAUUUUCGGCGAUAUUUCCGAAAUCUCUGGAUUGAGAGGGAAGGACGAUGAUUCUGAUGGAUCAGAAGACGUCGAUGACGAGGAUAUAGAAGAUGAAGAAGAUGCGAGUGACGUAGAAGAAGACGUUGAAGUAGAUAAAACGAAGAAUUUCGAUGAUUCCGAUGACGAAGAAGAAGGUCAAGACUCGGAAGACGUGGAGGACGAAGAAGGAGAUUCUGAAGAUGGAGAUGGAGAAGAAGAAGAAGACGAGGAAGAGGAAGAAUCCAACUUGAAAAUGACAACUCUGUCAUUGAAAGACGACUCUAAUAAAGCAGAUAAAGCUACAAGUGUCCUUCAUCAACGUCAAGUAUGGGACGAUUUGACCUACUCAAACAUUCGAAUUCAUGCCCUUCUCAACACUAUGAAUCAAAUGCCACGUGGUGAUGCUCGCAAAAAUUUACUCAAAAAUUGUGAUGAAACAACUCACAAAUCACUGGAGGCAGCAAUGGAAAACAUGGCGAAACUGCGUGAUUUAAUGAGAAAGGCUUCGGGAUUUUUCGAAGAAAAGAAUGGUGAGGACAGUGAUGACGAAGAGAUUCCAAGCGAUGAGGAGAUUCUGAGCGAUUCUGGAGGGGAAGAAGAUGGAGAUGAUGGCCUAGGUGAUUCUGGAGAUGAAGAUGACGGAAAAAACCAGAAAAAGAAGAAUUCCGAAACUGGAACCAGCUUGAAGACGCUGAAGAAGAAUCUGGAGACUCUGGACACGUCGACAGACAAGUUUCGUGGGGCAACGAUCACAAAAUGGUACAAUCGAACCAAGAUUCUCAACUCCAAAUCAAUGAAUAAUACAGACUUUUCGGUAUUCGAAAAAGGAAGUAUUCUUGGACAGAUUAAUAAGGUUCUCGCUGAUGAAGACAAACUUCUGAAAAAGGUACGAACCAAUCGAAGCGGAAAAUCACGCAUCGGAGCCUCACCAGAUGACGUCGCUAGUCACGACAACGAGAUUUUCGACGACUCCGAUUUCUAUCAACUUCUUCUGAAGCAAAUGUUGGAAUCCCGGAAUCAGAAUCAAAAUUCACAAGAUGGAGCAGACAUGACACGUAGCUACAUGGAGUUGCAGAGCAUGUUUAAUAACAAGAAAAAGAGAGAUGUCAGCCAAUUAUCAUCUAAAGAUCGACGUCUAAAAUAUGAACCAAUUGCCAAAUUGAUCAAUUUCUAUCCAUCGAAACCUGCUGUUGCCACGUGGACUCAUGAGAGCCGAAAUGAGCUUUUCAAGUCACUGUUCUCCUGA